ACUACGCAUCCUACGCAAUAUUUUACCUCGGAUCUUCUGUCGUAAGAACAAGUUAUUCACCCCUAUUCUGAAUUUCGUUCGGAUUAUUUCGAUCGAAUAGGAAAUUUUGCAUUCUGUAUCUCGAUCGAGUUCGAGUUUUCUAUACAAAAGCAUCACUCGAUCGAAUUACAGAAUGCUAAUUUUUACAUGCGAUCGAAAUAUUCCGAUUCGAUCGAGGUACAGAAUAGAAGUGAUUAGUUUCAAAAAUUUAGAAAAGCCACCUUUAUACCGUAAGUUAAUUUUUCACCAGAAAAAGAAACUGUAAUCAUGUCAACAACAGGGCUGAAAAGUCACACUCUUCUUCUUUUUCUUUUCUGGUUGGCGUCACCUCACUUGAGAUGACGCCGAAUUGAUGGCACAGCAACUAAGGCUAUAUUGCCAGUUAAUUUUCGUUUAUAGUGCAAUGGACUUUAUUUUCUCUUGACUACAAGCGAAAAUCUCGCUGUGUGGCUGCGUCGAAUCGUCAAAGUACGGCUGAAAAUCCUUUCUUCUUGCGAAAUACUCGAAUUUUCUCCGGACUAACACGAUGCAACGUGCUCACCCGUUGGGAGUUUCACCGGAAGUCGAAAAGUCACACUCAACUUAAAUAUAACCAAUGUCCAAUUUAACCAUAAUCAGACCCUGUCAGCUUGGAGCGAAAUCAAUCUUCAGUUCAGCAACGCCAUCGCACAGCAUCACAUUCAACUCAUCAUGUCAAUUGUAUGGGUGCGCAGUGCUACGUGAACGAAUAUGACAUUUCCCUCCCCUUCUUCUAUAUCUUACUCUAGCACACCUGAUGAAACUAAACGAACAUGUUCAAAUUGUUGGGACCAACGUCAUCCUGGUUCCAUAUGAGAGUAAGCACGUGGAAAAAUACCACCGCUGGAUGAUGAAUGAAGAACUACAGCUACUGACAGCCUCUGAGCCGUUGACGCUGGAGGAAGAGUAUCAAAUGCAACAAUCAUGGCGACAAGACGAAGACAAACUAACUUUCCUCAUUCUGGAUGCAUCCAAAUUCAAAACGACUGGUGACGAAAUUGACGCACUGAUUGGAGAUACAAAUAUAUUCCUACUGCCGAAAGAGUGUGACGACAGGGACGAUGAUCUCAAAACCGCCGAAAUCGAAAUUAUGAUUGCCGAACAACCAGCCCGGGGGAAGCGAUAUGGAUGGGAAUCCACCCUUUUAAUGUUACAGUACGGAAUCAAGCACCUUCGCAUUCAAAAGUAUAGAGCCAUAACGAAAGACACUAAUGAUAAGGCAAUGCAAAUGUUCCAAAAGAUGGGCUUCCGAGAGGUGAAACGAGUCGCUGUCUUUCAGGAGGUCACCUUUGAAGUCACGGUCAACGACGCUUGGCUGAAAUGGAUCGAGCAGGAAGUUUCUAAACGUAUUGAAUCUUACCACUAGCGCUUUGUUUGUUUGUUUGUUGAAAGAUUACUCUCUUACGCUUAAAUUGGUUCUAGUCUGUAUGAUUCACAUGCCAAUUUUUUUUCUUAGUCUCUUGUUUUCAAAUGAUGUCUAACCUAAGCUUGUGCUUUUCAGCAGUAGCAGCAUCAGUACUUCUCAAUGUAUCCGCUAGUAAUCGUCUGAUCUAUAAACUAUGAGACAGUUCCGAGCAACAAAUGCCGCUCGUUUCGUCCAUAUUGUUUUAGCUAUAUUUGGCAGAUUAUUACAUUUCUCCCUAAAGAACACUAGCUUUCAGUUAGUUUGA